AUGAUGAUAAUCCUCGCGGAAUUCUUCGUAGUAAUUCUCAAGGUACUUUGGGCUUUUGUGGCCGCUGGGGCCAAAUGGGUGGUGAAGCCGAAGGAGAAGAGCGUAGCUGGACAGGUGUGCGUUAUCACCGGAGCGGGCAGCGGCCUCGGGCGGCUCUUUGCCAAAGAGUUUGCCCGGAGACGGGCCAUCCUGGUACUGUGGGACAUUAACAGCCAGAGCAACGAGGAAACCGCAGAGAUGGUGCGCCAGAUUUAUCACGAACUCGACUCUCCGGUGCCUAAAGACGGACCUGUUGGCGGAGUGGAGGAAGUCCCACCGUUUCAGCCUCAGGUUUACACCUACGUGUGUGAUGUGGGGAAGCGGGAGAGCGUCUACUCCACUGCCGAGAAGGUGCGCCGUGACGUGGGAGAGGUGGACAUACUGAUCAACAACGCCGGUGUGGUCUCUGGGCAUCAUCUGCUGGAGUGUCCCGAUGAACUGAUAGAGCGCACCAUGGUGGUCAACUGCCAUGCGCACUUUUGGACCACCAAGGCGUUUCUCCCCAAGAUGCUGGAACUGAAUCAUGGCCACAUUGUGACAGUUGCCAGCUCUCUGGGUUUAUUCAGCACAGCUGGAGUGGAGGAUUACUGUGCCAGUAAGUUUGGUGCCAUUGGCUUUCAUGAAUCACUGAGCCAUGAGCUGAAAGCCUCGGAGAAGGACGGCAUCAACAUGACGCUGGUGUGCCCUUACCUGAUGGACACCGGCAUGUUCAAGGGCUGCAGGAUCAGAAAGGAAAUUGAGCCCUUCCUGCCGCCACUGAAGCCAGAGUUCUGUGUAAAGCAGUCCAUGAGGGCCAUCCUGACUGACCAGCCCAUGGUCUGCACUCCUCGUAUCAUCUACAUGGUGAACUUUAUGAAAAGCAUCCUCCCCUUUGAAGCCAUCGUCUGCAUGUACCGGUUCCUUGGUGCUGAUAAAUGCAUGUACCCCUUCCUGGCUCAAAGAAAAGAGGCCAUGAACAACAAUGAAGCAAAGAAUGGGAUCUAG